AUCACUAUCACUUCUCAUCAUCUUCUCUCUCCUCUGAAAUUAUCAAAUUCUCAAAAUACAAAAAUGUCGGGCCGUGGUAAGGGGGGCAAGGGGCUGGGAAAGGGCGGAGCAAAGCGUCACAGGAAGGUGUUGCGCGACAACAUUCAGGGAAUUACCAAGCCGGCUAUUCGGCGUUUGGCCCGUAGAGGUGGUGUGAAGCGUAUCAGUGGCCUCAUCUACGAAGAAACUCGCGGUGUACUCAAAAUCUUUCUCGAGAAUGUCAUCCGUGAUGCUGUCACUUACACUGAGCACGCUCGUCGGAAGACUGUUACCGCCAUGGAUGUUGUGUAUGCUCUGAAGAGGCAAGGCCGUACUCUCUAUGGUUUUGGCGGUUAGUUUUAGGGUUUUUGAAAUUCGGAAGUUAGGGUUUACAUUUUGUUGGAAAUUGAUGUUGGAGUAGUAAUGAAUCUUUUUAUGUAAAUGGUGUUAUUUGUUUUGAUUCGAUGGAAAAUUGAAUGAAAUAGUAAUUUCUUCUGAUUUUGAAA